AUGCUUAAGUUUGUGGUGCUUGCAUCACUAGCGGUGAUCGCUAGUCAUGCACAGGAUGCGUCUCGUCCAAUUAUUAACACUAAUGGAGGCCAAAUUCAAGGCAUAACGUCGAGCUGCGGACUCUUCUGUAGCUACUUCGCAUUCAACGGAAUUCCGUAUGCUCAGCCUCCGACCGGAGAGUAUCGGUUCCGCAAUCCGCGUCCGCACACUGGCUGGCAAGGCGUUAAGGAUGGUAGCGAACACCGGAGCACGUGUCCUUCCGGUGGAUUUUUGGGAGGCGUUUCCGGAAGUGAAGACUGUUUGUACUUGAACGUUUACACACAGAAUCUGAUCGGUUCGCGGCCAGUCAUGGUUUGGAUUCAUGGCGGAUCCUUUACCGGUGGUUCGGGUGACUCAUGGAUUUACGGACCAGACAAUUUGGUACCGGAAGACGUGGUGGUGGUGACGAUUAACUACCGCUUAGGUAUACUCGGCUUCUUCAGCACGGACGAUACGCAUGCCGCAGGCAACUGGGGAAUGAAGGAUUGCGUAAUGGCUCUGCAGUGGGUACGCAAUAAUAUUGCUGCGUUUGGUGGCGAUCCCAACAAUGUGACCAUUUUCGGUGAAAGUGCCGGUGGUGUAGCCGUACACUUCCUAGUGCUGUCCAACAAGGCCGCCGGGUUAUUCCACAAAGCAAUCGCACAGUCCGGUACAGCGUUGUCACCUUGGGCCUUCCAGUAUCAGCCCCGUGAACUCGCCUAUCGACUAGCCGAUCGGUUUGGGUAUUCGCACGAUAGUGCUCAGUUGGUUCAGAGUUUGCGGCAAACGUCGUUGGAACGCUUGAUUGAUGCUCAAGAAGGAUGGCUAGACAUUGAAGUGCCCCGCGGAUUUAAACCAUUUGAUUUUGUGCCCAACGCCGAGCCAGUAAACUCGCCGGAAGAAACGUUCCUGACGCAGCUACCAAUCGACGUCAUGAAUGCUGGCACAUUCAACCACGUUCCAUUCAUCGCCGGAUACACGAGCUUGGAGAGUAUGUUCAUGGUUUACGAACACACCAUCGACAGCACCGUAUGGGAUGCAUUUACCCGCAAUCCCGACUACUUCGUACCGCACUUUUGGAAUAUUCAGCGUGGAACUCCCGCGGCAUCUGCUGUCAGCCAAACUUUCCGUAACACAUACUGGCAGGAUCGUCCGCUUGGGCCGAAUAUUAUGUUGGAGUGGUUGAGAUUCCACACUGACCAGCAGUUCAUCUACGGAGUCGAUAAGACGGUGCGGGUGCACGCUCAGCGAUCGACAGCCCCUGUGUAUUACUAUCAGUUCAGCUUCGAUGGUGAUCUCAAUUUAGUCAAACGUCUUCUACUGCUGGGUAACUGGCCCGGCGCGAUGCACGCAGACGACAUUCCAUACUUGUGGUCUGUAACCGAUCUUACCAUCUCACCAAUUCUGCCAACAAAUCAUGCACGCACCGUAAGCAAUCGGUUCGUACGGUUGUUUACAAACUUUGCCCGAUUCGGCAAUCCAACACCAAAUGCAGUUGAUACGUUGCUUCAAAACCAACAGUGGCAACCGGUCGGUUCAACCAUACACUUCAUGGACAUCGGCCACGACCUUGUGACCGGCAUCAAUCCCAAUGGAGCGCGGACCUCCGUGUGGCACAAUCUAGAAGCCAGUUACGCCAACGAUCCAUUCCGCUUCCCGCGAAACUAA